CUGCCAUCCCGAUUUCGUCUCAUGUGCCAAAAUUUUUAGUGCAGCAACGUUUAAAUCAUCCCUUGCUUUGGGUCGGCUGUAUACUGUUUUUUUAUCAGUGCUCAUCCAUUCACUGCCUUUUUGGUUUAUUCUGCAAUCGUCCUCUACUUAGACAUAGCAAAUCCACGGGCGACAUUCCGGAUUCCCUCUCCUACCGCUUUCCAACCGCCAUCAUGGCUUUGCUUUCAUUAAGCAUGGGCAAUGUGGUAGCUUUAAUACUUGGUUCAGUAAUAUGCUACACUCUUGGGACAUGCAUAUACAACGUAUGGCUGCACCCCCUACGCAACUUUCCAGGUCCGCUCAUGAUGCGCGCGACAAGGUGGCCGUAUCAUUACAAGCUCAUCAAAGGAACUCUGCCCUUGGAAGUACUGGAUCUCCACAAUCGGUAUGGCGAGGUCGUCCGCAUCGCUCCUAAUGAAUUGGCUUUUGCAAAUGCAUCGGCAUGGAAUGACAUUCAAGGCCAUCGGACGAAAGGCGGACAAGCCGAAAUGGAGAAGGACAUGAAAUUCUACCGGGCCGUCGACGAUAUGGAGAGCGAUAUUGUCAACGCAGAUCGAGCGGAGCAUAGUUUGCUCCGCCGCUCACUCGCUCACGGCUUUAGUGACAAGUCUCUUCGAGACCAGGAGCCGCUCAUCACCAGUUACAUCGACUUGCUGCUGCAGCGUCUGCGAGAGAACUGUGACGCCGGCAAGAAGGCCCUCAACAUGGCAGCGUGGUACAACUUCGCUACAUUCGACAUAAUUGGCGACCUUGCCUUCGGGGAAUCCUUUGGAUGCCUCGAGAAUUCGGCUUACCACCCGUGGGUUGGGAUCAUCUUCAAGAUGGCUCGCGCAGGAACCAUCCUCCAAGUGUUAAACCACUUCCCCCGAACCAAGCGUUAUCUUCUCAAACUGGUACCCAAGUCAAUGGCCGAGCAACAGGAGAAGCACGACGCUUUGACGAGAGCUAAAUUGGAGCGCCGCAUGGCGUCAGGAGAACGACCCGAUUUUGUUGAAACCAUGUUGAAGAAGAAGGAAACAUUGGGUCUUACCAUCGCAAAGUUGCAAGCUAAUAGCAGCAUCUUGAUCAUUGGCGGUUCGGAAACGACGGCGACCCUUCUUUCGGGUGUGACAUACUUCCUCGCGAUGAACCAGGACGCUCUCAAGAAAGUAACAGAAGAGGUUCGGGCAGCUUUCAAGAGCGAGGACGAGAUCAACUUCACAACCGUCAAUGACCUCAACUACAUGCUCGGGUGCUUGAACGAAGCAUUGCGAAUGUAUCCUCCGGUCCCGUCUGGUCUCCCGCGGGUUGUGCCCCAGGGAGGGGCACAUAUUUGUGGAUAUUACGUACCCCAAGGUGUCACCGUCGGUAUUUAUCAAUGGGCUCUCUACCACAACUCGAAAUUCUUCAAGGACCCUUUCGAGUUUCAUCCUGAAAGGUUCUUGGGCGAUGCCAAGUACGAUAGUGAUGAAAAGAAUGCAUUCCAGCCCUUUCACGUUGGGCCGAGGAACUGCAUCGGAAGAAACCUUGCAUAUGUCGAGAUGAGAACAAUUAUGGCCCGGAUCUUGUUCAACUUUGACCUGGAGAUUGCAGAGGACAGCAAGGGCUGGAUCGAUCAGAAAAUCUUCAAUCUGUGGGCGAAGGGCGCACUCAAUGUUUACUUAAAGCCUGUGGUUCGCGAUUAAGGUUUGAUACCCCUUAGGAUGACGUUUGCCAAGAGACAGACGGGAUAGACUUGGGGACUAGGCGGGCUUGCGUUAUUUGAUUUGGGACGGGGUAGACUUGUGAAAUUGGCGGCGGGCUUGCAUUAUUUGAUUAGGGACGGGACAGACUUGUAGAAUUGGCGGGCUUGCUUGGUUUGAUUUGGGAAGAUGAGUUGAGUCGAUACCAACACAGAUAGAUGCAACAAAUAAUACCCAUCCAUAUUCAGUCUUGUGGCCAAGACUGAUUGGGCACACCCACGUCCUGUAAACAAAGUUAUAGCCAUCAACAAUGCCUGCAGGCCAAACAAAG